AUUUCAAUUACACGUGUUUGAAACGUUUGAAACAAUCGUUUGAAUCAUUUAGUGAAGAGAUAAAUAAAAUUAACUGUGACAUCUUUUCUCUAUCAAUAAAAAAACUAAGAAAACAAACAAAAUGCUCAAGGACGAAAGUUGGACGUUAAAAUAAAAUUGAUUAAAAAUACGAGAACCAUGAGAUUUAUUUUCUAUUAAACAACUAAAUAGGUGUCGCUGUUAUCGAAAAUUCCAGUCGUGAAAUUGGGUUUGGGGAACGCCAGGGGAACAAUUUUUUUUUUUUUAAUAAGAGGACCCUUUGGCGAAUCAUUUUUUGGAAUCCUUCCGUACUGUAUACGUUUUUUUUGCACGUCACACACCGCAGUUGCGGUAAAUGCAGAAUUUCCAAGGUUAAUAGUGUGUUUUAAAUCGAAAAAAAACACGUAGCUUUGAAUAACAUCGUUCUUCAAAUUUAGUUUCUUUUUAAUAAAACAACACCAAAAAAAAGGAAAAAACAGUGAUUUUUUCACUGAAUCAGCAACAAUGAGUUGUGCCCGAUGUUGUUUAGUUGGUGUCAGCCGAUUAGCUUCCUCUAAUCAUGUCGCAAAUCACGUACAUAAAAUAGUUAGGGUUGUGGCUUCUCGUCCAAUUUGCACGACUGGAAUUGUUAAUAAAAUUCCAACAGAGCCAACAACUCCAAAUAAGGACGCAGGAGCGAGUACAACUGGGGGGACAACUGGAAGAGAUGGUGGUGGUGGUGGCGGUAAAAAAAAUACGUUAACUUGUCCGAAAUGUGGGGAUCCUUGUACACAUGUUGAAACAUUCGUCUCUUCAACGAGGUUUGUAAAGUGUGAAAAGUGUCAUCACUUUUUUGUCGUAUUGUCGGAAAUUGACUCGAAACGAAGCUUAAAGGAGGCUUUAAGACCAGAGGAAACGAAGCAAGGAUUUUAUAGAAAACCCCCACCGCCCCCCAAAAAGAUUUACGAGUAUUUAAAUAAGCACGUAGUGGGCCAGGAGUACGCGAAAAAAGUUCUAAGCGUGGCUGUUUACAAUCACUAUAAAAGAAUUCACAAUAAUCUUCCUGUACAAAAUUCAGGACAAUCGAAUGCCAAUCCAGUUGGCAAUCAAGAUCUUAAUCAUCCGUUCACUCAUAGAGGUCUUAAAACACAUUUAUUGCAUAUAUCAAACAUUGGAAAUCCAUUGGGCGUGGGCUUUCAACAAGUGUCGCAAACAAAUGAGCAACAAGCAAAAUCGGGUUCACAAUCGACAUUGGGCUCCGAUAUUCUUGACAGUAAACAACAUCAAUUAAAAUUGGAAAAAAGUAAUAUACUUCUAUUGGGACCAACGGGCUCGGGAAAAACUCUACUCGCCCAAACGAUAGCACAAUGUUUAGACGUUCCAUUUGCAAUAUGCGAUUGUACAACAUUAACGCAAGCCGGCUACGUUGGCGAGGACAUUGAGAGUGUAAUAGCAAAAUUAUUGCAGGACGCAAAUUAUGUCGUUGAUCGAGCACAAAUGGGAAUUGUCUUUCUCGAUGAGGUGGAUAAAAUUGGUGCCGUGCCUGGUAUUCAUCAGUUGCGCGACGUUGGCGGCGAGGGCGUGCAACAGGGAAUGUUGAAAAUGUUGGAGGGAACAAUUGUCAAUGUACCUGAGAGGAAUAGUUCACGUAAAUUACGCGGCGAUACAUUACAAGUGGAUACGACAAAUAUUUUGUUCGUCGCAUCGGGCGCUUAUAAUGGACUCGACAGGCUUGUCUCGAGGCGUAAGAAUGAGAAAUAUUUGGGUUUCGGUGCAACGCCAGCGUCGGAGAGUCCCGGCAGGAGGGCGGCUAAUUUGGCCGAUGUGGCGAAUAUGUCGCCAUCAACUGAGGACGAUAAUCGUGAGAAGGAUAUUUUAUUGCGACAAGUGGAGGCGAGGGAUCUCAUUGAUUUUGGUAUGAUACCGGAAUUUGUCGGCAGGUUUCCCGUUCUCGUUCCGUUUCAUACUUUAAAUAAAGAGAUGCUCGUGAGAAUAUUGACCGAGCCGAAGAAUGCCAUGGUUCCUCAAUACCAAAUGUUGUUCUCCAUGGAUAAGGUGGAAUUGACAUUCACGCCAGAGGCACUGGAUGCAAUUGCAUCGUUGGCAAUGGACAGAAAAACCGGAGCGCGAGGUCUUCGUGCAAUUAUGGAAUCACUUCUAUUGGAGCCAAUGUUCGAAGUGCCAGGAAGCGAUGUAUUGACUGUUCACGUAACCGAGGGCUGUGUUAGGGGCAUUGAUAAGCCCCAGUACAUUAGAAGAACUGAAUCUUCAGAUGACGAAUUACAACAAGCGCAGCGGUUGUUAAUAGAUAUUCUUUCAUUGCAUCGUUAUAAACUAAUGAACGAUACGACAAGAUUAUGGGAGAUGAAGAGGCUGGAAGAUCGAAAUUCAUAGCACCUGAAUUAAAAAAGUGAGAUAAAUAUCGACGUCGUGAUUUUCAAAAGAAAUAAAAAAAAAGUAUAUAUAUAUAAUAAUUAUAAAAAGUAAAAAUAAUUAUUUUUACGCAAAUUCAAACUUAGAUAGCUAACAUUUUUUGUAAUAUAUUGUACAUAGCAAGAAAUAUAAGUAGAAUCAUUACGAAAAGAAAAAUAGAAGAGAAUAAUGAGAAAAAAAACGUAUAUUUAACUCUAAACGAAAAAUUUACUCUUUUUUUUAAGGAAAAAAAAAUUAUCUCGACAAUUUUUUUUUUUUAUGAUCUAUUGGAAGAAAGGUAUUCUUUUUAAAAAAAUAAUUGUUAUUUUACAAUGAAAUUAUAAUAUCCAAACAAAUUCAUUCCUUACUAUUGUGGUGUUGAUAUAAUAGUCUAAUUUUUUUUCAGAAUAAGAAAUUUAAACGUAAGCAAUUUUCAU